GUUAUACUAUUUUAUAUGAAAUAAUAUUGUAUUUUCGUUGAUACCUGCUAACUGUAAUCAUUGAUAAUCAUUUAAUUAUUAUAUCUUUUUAAAUGAUUAUUUAUCGAUAGAUAAGGUGCCUUAAUUGUACUAAAAAUUUCUUUUGUCCUAUUGAAGGCAUCAUGAACAUAAAGUUAUUUACUCUCAUUAGCAGCCUUGUUUUAUUCAAUGAUAAUAAUGAAUACGGACAAUGGAGAUAUCGUAAGAGUAUUUAACAAAAAGCUUAUUUUAUGUUGCAUGCUACUGUAACAAAUAUGUUAAAUGUAAUUUGUUCAAUGAUAUAGAAAUAAUAUUAUGUCUUGCAUUUAAAAGUUUGAAAUGUUAGCAUCAAUUCUUAGAAUCUUUAUCUUGUAUUUAUUUAUUCCUAUUUUAUAGACAUUACGUAAAAAAGCAAGAUAAUAUGAUAUGCAUAGUCUAUACCAAUACAGAUAAUUUACUGAGGGGAUAAUUCUCAUAUACAUAAGAAUGAUGAAUACAAGUAUUUGUGGGUCAUGAAGAUAAGAGUUGUAAGGGUCAUCUCGUGACUUCUCUGAACUUAGUUUAUUUUAGUUGAGUUACGAUCAUACACCAUGAGAUUUACAGAUAAUAAUUUGGCUAAAUAUUUCCUUACGCAAAAGCUAGGAAGGAUUUUUGUUUUUAUAUUACUAUGCAGCAUACAACCAAUUCAGGGUUUAUUUACUCCAGAAAAGGAAUAUAGAUAUUUGUAUAAUGCUACCUCUAGUUCAGGUGUCCUAUUACCAUCAGGUGCUGCAUCUUCAUGGGGUUUAAAUGGGAUUCUUGUAAUACAAGCAAAAGAAAAUGCUGCAGUAAUGCAGUUGCAAUCAUUGAAAAUGAAUAUCUGGAAUGGCAAAAUAGGAGAAAAAGGAGAAGAUAUAGAUAUUAAUGAAAGCGCUGCAGACCUUUUGAUGCCUUUUGAAGUUACUUAUAAAAUGGGACUUGUAGAAAAUUUUACUAUACAAAAUGAACCUGUUUGGGUUACAAAUAUAAAACGCAGUAUAGUAGGCAUAUUACAACUGGAUCUUUCUAAUAUAGAAAAGCAAGCAGCAUUCCAUUCUACUGAAAUAAAUCAUUAUGGUCAAUGUAAUAUAGAAUAUGUUAUAAGUUCCGAGAAUAAUGAUGAAAAAAUAAUUAGAAAAUCUUUAGAUCCACGGACUUGUAUCAGUCAUCCCUUUCAAUUCUGGACCAAUGUUCCAAGAAUGCAAUGUUCUCAUUCUGAACAAGACCCUAUUUUAAAGUCUAGCGAAAGACUGUAUUAUGUAAGAUAUAACAACACUGUACAAGAUAUUGUAUAUAUCAAUGCAACAGGAGGAAUAUAUGUACAACCAUUUCAAAGUUUCGGCGAAGCACAUUUUUCCUUUGUAAAGCAAAAUCUUCAAUUAAUUACGGAACAAGACAUAGUGAAUCCAAUUUCAUUGUACAAUCCACAUACCGUAACUUUGCAACAUGAACUUCCAGAAGAAGAUUUGACGCAAGGUAGAGGAAUAUUUGAUAAAGAUGCUAUUUUUAAAGUUAUAGAAAAUUUAUUGGAUAGAUUAAGCCAAAGGCUUGAAACUCCUGGUUUGGACACAGAAACAGAUAAUCUACAUAAUACAACUAUUUCUAUUCUUCUCUAUUAUCUUGGAAUGUUAGAUCGUACAGACUUAGAAAUUGCAUACAAUAAUACUUCAGGAACUAGUUACAAAGAAGAAACAAUACGAAAUAUGUUCUUGGAAACACUUCCACAAAUUGGAAGUAAAGAGUCUGCUUUGUUUAUAUUCGAUUUAAUUCAAAACAGUAAAGUAUCAGAUAUAACAGCGAUACAGCUUUUAACUCAAUUACCAUUUCAUAUUCGGAAACCAGACAUAAAAUUAUUAGUCAGUUUACAACCACUUCUAAGUUUAUCAAAAAAAAUUUCUACAGAAAUUCAGAAUACGGCAAUUCUUUCAUAUGGCACAUUGAUUUAUAAAACAUGUUUUGUGUUCUGCCCAACUGAAAUGCUUGAAGAUUAUGUACGUCUCUAUCUUGAUAAAUUCACAGAAUGUACUGAGUAUGAAAAAAAGAUGAUAUGGUUGGAAGGUUUGGCAAAUAUACAAUUAGGAAGAGUAGUUGAAUUUUUGGAACCUAUCGCAAGUGGGAAUAAUGCCGAAUCACGCCAUUUCCGUGUACUUGCAGCUUGGGCAUCUCUUCCAUCUGCACCUUUCAGACCAGAGAUUAUAUAUCCUGUAUACUGGCCGAUGUUGGUAAAUAAAACAGAGCAUUUAGAAAUGAGAGUAGCUGCAUUGACAUUAUUAAUUGUUUCUAAUCCAACACCAAGCAGAUUAAUAUCGUUGUAUUGGUAUAUGAAAACCGAGCCAAAUAAGCAUUUAUAUAAUUAUUUUUAUACAACUCUAAAAUCUAUGGAACAGACAACAUAUCCUUGUUAUCUUCACAUGGGAAGUAUAGCAGCUCAAUUUACACGUGUACUUCGUAAACCAUCUAAUGAUGAACUGUUACUUACCGGUAAUUAUUUGUUUGACUACAAAGAUUCAUAUAGAAAGUUUGGAGCCAUGAUUCAUGGCAUUGUUAUAGCAAAUCCAACUACAAAUAUACCGGAAGCAAUGCAUGUUACUUUGAGUAAUUAUGGAAGUGGUACUACUUUAAAUCAUGUAUCUUUGUACAUAAAAGCUGAAGGUCUUCUGCAUUCCUUAUCAACUUAUCUUGAAAAUCCAACACUAGUUAAAGAUGUACUGGGUCGUUAUAAAUUAGAUCAGAAAGAAACUGCACCAAUACAUUUAGAAAUAAUUGCACGAGUUCAACAGAAGACUGUUUUAUGUUUACAUUUAAAUCAAAUGAAUAUUGCAAAAAUAGUUAAAUAUUUAGCUUCGUUGCCAGAUAAUAUAUAUCAAAUUUAUCAAAAUACAGAAUUUCAUAUUAAUCAACAACGAAUCAAUAUUCCAAUAACUAUGGAAUCAAUACAAGUAUCUGAUAUGGGUACAAGUGUAAGACUUGCUAUGACAGCAACGUCAUUAUUUUCAAUGAGAGGAAAUUUUAUCCAUUCAGAUAUUGGACGUAAUAAUCAUGUUAUAUUAAGAACAUCAAUUCAUGGAAGUGAAACAAUUUCAAACUAUAAUCCGCUGGUUGAUUUGUGGCAUGCAGCAGAGAGAGCACAAUCUAUCCAUGGAUAUCUUCCUAUUAAUGUUACAAUUGGAUUAAAUGAGAGACCAUUUAUCACAUAUUAUACAUCAGGAGAAGAUUUUAAAAUGGGAAUUACUGCUCAUGUAAGAACAGUUACUAACAUAAAAGGAUCUAAUGCUCACAAUAAGUUGAAACCUAUUUGUCCUAAUUGUUCAAUGUCGUAUACAGUCAGGAAAAAAUUACCAAUAAAUAAAUUAGAGCCAAUAAAUUUAUUGGAACUCGAGUUUCCUGCAUUGGGAGGAAAAAUAUUUACAAAACUUUUUGAUUGUGAAAAUGCAAUAUCACGAGAAAGAGUAAUAACUGAUAUAUUAUCGUCCCACCAAGCUAAUUACCAAAUUUGGCCAGGUAUGGAAGUAGUUUUGGCGGCGGUGCAUUUUUUAGAUUAUUUUACAUAUGUACCACCAAAAGGUAGUUGCGGAUUAACUUUUUAUAUAGGACCAUCUGAUACAUUUAUGCAAACUCAAGUAAAACUUGAAUAUGUGAAAAAUAAAAAACAUCACAUGUUAUCUUUGACUAAUCGUGAACUUCAUUUUCAACGUAUUUUGUAUCAAUGGAAUUUAGCUGCUAUUUAUGAUAUGACCAGCUGGAUUUCAGACAGUCUUAAAAUCAAAGCAACUCAAAUUACACCUGAUGGAAAAAUAGUAAAGUUUUGUAUUGAAGCUGCUAGGGAAAUGGACUGGGAAUGGGACUUUUUAAAUGUUAAUCCUGCUUCUCCUUCUAAACUACAAUUAGUUCUUGUUUGGGGACCAUCUAAUAGUGCUAAAGGUAAAUGUAGUGGUACGUCAAUAUUAUUCAAUGUAAUUGGUGAAGUUAGUAAAGGACAAAUUGAAGAAAGUCAAAAAGAAAAAUGGCCGUAUGAUCAGUGCCGUAAAGAUUUGGAAAAAAGAAAUUUUGUACCAUACACUGAUACUUGUUAUGAAACUUCGAAAGAAUUAUCAAUUUUAAGGAAGUAUCAAAUGUUUCUUAAAUAUGAAAAUUUACCAGAGCCUUUGUCAAAAAUCGUUUCAAAGUUAAGAGUUGCAUACGAUCUACUUGGUGGAAAUAGUCAUUAUACCAAUAAUUCUGGACAAUUUUUUUUAAGUACAGUCUUUCCUAAAGAAUCUGACAGUAGUGUACUGGAAUUAAAUUCAGAUAAAGUGAAUAUACAAUAUGAUUCUAAUUUCAUAGACAAUUUUUUAAUACGAACACGAAUCCAUAAAUAUAUAGACAGUGUUUUUUUUCAUUCGUUUUUUAGCACAUGUAUUAUAGAACCAAAUAUUGUACGAUCGAUUUACAAUACCACAAUUGUAUUUAACUCUAACAAAAAUAUUUUAUUACUUGGUCAAUGUUACGACGAUAAUCCAAGAUUUGCUCUUAGAGCCUUAAGAACAAACAAUAAUUUAAUAAAUGUACUUAUUACCGAUGAGACAGGUACAAUAAAGAUAGUUCAACAUUUAAAUGGGGGACAUAUAUAUAAUGCUACAUCAUACGUACCGUUAGAAAAGUAUACAUAUCAAAAUUUUGGACCUAAAUGGAUAAAAUUGCACGAUCGAUCUGUUGAUAUAUUAUUUCCUAAUAUUCUUUUAUAUAUGCAUUGGACAAAACAACAAGUUGUCCUUUUUUUCCCAACUUAUUUAACUGAAUUCAGUUGUGGUAUGUGUACAGUUAAUAACCUUAUUAUAAGUCACAUAUAUGAAGAAUUAUAAAAAGUGUAAUAUAUUAUUUUAUUUUAUUUAUAUAGAAGAUAA